AUGCGCCCACUGCUUCGCCUCAGACCACGAUUGACGCCUAGCGUUAAGUCUUCAUGGCAGCUUGCACGGUCGCGGCCACUCACACAUACCGCAAUUCGCCGUUGUUCGUGUUCUGACCCAAAAUCGGAAGCUCCAACGAUACCUCCUACCGACCACCGAGCCCUUGGAACCGCCCAAGAGCUCUUCACAUCCUCCGUUUACAGUCCCGGAUCUCCUCUCUUUCUCCCCAAUGGCACACACGUCGUCAAUAAGCUCAUAUCCUUCCUCCGCACCCAAUAUCUACAAUAUGGCUUCCGUGAAGUCUUAACCCCGACCAUCUACAAAAAAUCGCUCUGGGAGAUAUCGGGCCACUGGCAGAACUACAAGGAUGAUAUGUACGAGGUGACAGGCCGAGGAGCCAGCGGCGAUGUAGAGGGUGAAAUUGGCGAGGACGAGUCAUACGGAUUGAAGCCAAUGAACUGUCCGGGCCACUGCCUACUCUUCAAGUCACAGAAUCACUCCUACCGCGACAUGCCGGUGCGCUAUGCGGAUUUCAGUCCACUGCACCGCAACGAAGUGUCAGGGUCGCUGACUGGUCUCACGCGCGUGCGCCGGUUCCACCAAGAUGACGGUCACAUCUUCUGUCGGCCGCAGCAGAUUAAAUCGGAGAUCGCAUCGGCGCUGGGGUUCGUGGAAAUGGCUAUGAGGACAUUUGGACUCGGUCCCUACCGAUUGGUUCUGUCGACACGACCCGAGACGGAUUAUAUCGGAACUCUGGAGAUGUGGGAUAAUGCCGAGAUGCAGUUGCGCGAGGCGUUGGACAGCACCGGACGCGAAUGGGCGCUGAAUGAGGGCGAUGGUGCCUUCUACGGGCCAAAGAUUGAUAUCCAGCUCCAGGACCAAGCUGGCAAGUAUCACCAGCUGUCUACCAUUCAGUUGGAUAUGAAUCUACCUCAGCGAUUUGAGCUGGAGUAUCAGGUCGCAGAGGGUGAGCCUGACUACAAUUCAGCCACGCCUGGAGUAGCCACUCCAGUGUUGAUUCAUCGCGCUAUCUUCGGCUCAUUGGAGCGGUUUUUGGCAUUGUUGAUCGAAGAGCACGGUGGCCACUGGCCUUUUUGGCUUUCACCGCGUCAGGCUGUCAUUUUGACCGUCAACCAAGACGAUGCCGUUGUGCACCGGGCCAAGGAAGCGGCUGCCAAGUUUGCUGGAUUCCGCGCUUUGGUGAAUGAUGGCACUGCUGAGACACCUCGUCCGCUGUCUUCUGUCGAUUCUACUUUCUUGAUCGAUGUCGACACCAGUGCACAGACCCUAGGCAAGAAGAUUCAACGUGCCAAGCAGAUGAAAUAUAACCUUAUCUUCAUCCUCGGAUCGCGGGAUCUGGCAGAUGGAGGCAUCACGGUCGAUGUGACGGGCCAGAUGCAGAGCAAGACAGACAAGGAUGCCCAAACAUUGCAGGCGCUGAUCAAAGCUAAACUAGGCGAUGAUGCUCUGAAAAAUCCUCGUGCUGUCAAGUUGAGUGUGGAUGACGUUCAUCCUCUAUUGGUCGACCUCGAGAAGAACUUUGUAUAA